UAGACAUAGACCUAACGCUCCUUCAUCCCACACCUCAAUCCCUGUAUUUUCCUUCGUCAUGCUCUACUCAUGUUCACCGAGGUCGUUGCAUUGGUCUGCAUCGCGUGGUAUAUUUUCAUAGCCUGCGUCUGCACAAUCGGGUACAUUUGCCUUUUCCGCUACUACAGUCGAGUCCCUGCUUCUGCAGCGGUCUUGUCCAAAAACGAGAAAGACAUCCCCCUUGUCACAGCCAUCCGGCCUUGCAAAGGCCUCGAGCCGUACCUCUACGAAUGUCUCGCGUCCACAUUCCUACAAAAAUACCCUGCAGACAAGUUAACAGUGUACUUCUGCGUCUCCUCACGUUCGGACGCAGCAUAUGAAACCAUUGAGAAAGUGGUCAGAGACUACCACAACUACGAUGCAAGAAUCUUCAUCGAAGAGGAGGACGAUGAUGCUGCCAGACAUGACGCUCACCGAACCUUCCUGGGGCCGAAUCCCAAGAUCAGAAACAUGAGCAGAGCAUAUCGCGAAGCCAAAGGCGACCUUAUAUGGAUCAUUGACUGCAAUGUGUGGGUGGGCGGAGGAAUUUGCGGUCGCAUGGUCGACCAACUGUGCGGCUUCUCUGUGCCAGGAGAACCGGCCGGAACACCGCAUAAAUUGGUUCACCACCUUCCCAUCUCCGUCGACGUGGACAACUACUCGAAGGGCAGACCAAGAACCGACUCUUCGUCCUACGAUGAGACACCCACGACAGCUCUAAUCUCAGACACGGGCCGUUCCAGCACCCUGAAGAAGAUCAACCGCUAUGGUGGCCGCCUGGAAGAGCUGUUCCUCGCUUCCUCCCACGCGAAGAUGUACAUCGCCAUCAACACGGUCGCUGUUGCCCCUUGCAUCGUCGGCAAAUCCAACAUGUUCCGCCGCUCGCACCUGGACCAUCUCACUUCUGAGCGCGCCAGAAUCGAAGAUCACACGACUCCAACCCUCGCAAGGACAGGCAUCGACUAUUUCUCCAGCAACAUCUGCGAAGACCACCUCAUCGGUGACAUGCUAUGGAAAUCCAAAGUCCCACAAAUUGCUGGCUAUCCAAAGAGAAUGCGCAAUCACGGUCUUGUGCUGGGCGAUGUGGCCAUCCAACCUAUCGCUGGCAUGAGCGUGGCCAAUUACGUUGCUCGCCGCGUGCGGUGGCUCAGAGUCCGCAAGUUCACCGUCCCCGUAGCGACGCUCGUCGAACCUGGCACCGAGAGUUUCUUGUGUUCAGCGUACGGCGCGUUUGGGAUUACCACCCUACCGUCAACACGCGCGAUAUUCGGGGACACAUGGGCCUGGUUCUGCUUCUGGUGGCUGAUCAGUGUCACUGUCUGGGCUGCAGUAGACUGGACCGUCUACUUGCUGCUGCAUUCUGGUUGCACGGUAGAAAACGCAGGAUCAGAUGUCGAUAUACCCGACUUCGCAAAGCCGGUCAUCCAUUCCCAAUACCAGGCUCGACGGCCGUUCAAAGAAUGGCUAUCCGCAUGGCUCGGUCGAGAAGCGCUAGCACUUCCCAUAUGGUCGUGGGCAAUCUGGGGCGGUGCGAGCGUGACGUGGCGCGACCGCCGGUUUUGGGUUGGCAUGGAUAUGAAGGUUCAUGAGAUACACGAGACGAGUGAUGAUGGGAACGCCACCCUGAGGCACGUAAAUGCUAACAACCAUACCAACGGGAACGUUAAUGUCGACGGGAAAAAGAGGUUGGAUUGAUGCAGUAAGCCAUGGCCCUUUUUCGAUUGAAGACAUACCUGAGAAUGGAACGUGUGCCACCAUGAAUAUCAGACCAUGACCAAUCCUAGAUUGUCCCAUUGAAGCCCCACGGCAGCUAUGUUUAUAUACAACUUUCAUGCCAAACGUCUAUCGGCAUCUGGAGUGCCUUUUCUCUUUGCUAUAUGAAUCAGGAGCCGGAGCGACCGUGAGCCAGACCACCUUUAAAUGAAGA